AUGGCUACCAAACUCAUCACCAUUGUCGGCAUCACUGGUACUCAGGGCGCUUCGGUCGCCGAUGCAUACAUCAACGAGCCCGGAUGGAAGAUCCGUGGCAUCAGUCGUGAUCCGAGCAAGGCGUCUAGCAAAGCAUGGACCGAUCAAGGUGUCGACAUGGUUUUUGCAGACCUGGACGACAUCGGCAGUCUCAAGACCGCAUUCAGCGGCUCCAACGUUAUCUGCGGCGUCACCGACUUCUGGCAGCAAAUGCAGGACAAGGGAAAUCAAGAGAGGGCCAAGAGGACUGGCAAGACCAUCAACGUUAUCUCCUUCGAGGCCGAAAUCCAGCAAGGCAGAAACAUUGUCGAUGCAGCCCAGUCCACUAUCGUGACUCUCGACAUGCUAGUGCUUUCUGUGCUGACCGAUUCGAGGAAGUGGAGCGGAGGAAAGAUUACGUGGAACUACCAUUUCGAAAGCAAAUGGCGUAUCGUCGAGUAUCUGCAAGAGAAUUACCCCGGGCUUCACGGGAAGUCGUCGUUUUUCCAAGCGGCGUGCUAUUUGUCGAAUCUUGACACAACUUUGGCUCCUCGAAUGAACCUCGGUGUGGAGGUGAAGUAUCAGCGCGGGACUGUUGAUGCCAUGGACAAGCUCAUGCCAGGCGGAAUGGGCAUGGAGUUUGGCGAGGCGCUAGAGUAUCUGAACAGUCCUGGAUACUACGGCGGCGAAGCUGCCAUCCGGGAGUUGAAUCUCAUCACGCCAGACGACCUCACCGAAGUCAGAGAGUUUUUGAAGGAAAGGACGUUGUUGUAG